AUGGCUCUCACACAACCAACCAAUUCCGAGUUUCCUUACUCACUCACAAUAUCCGUACCUCUCCCAACCAAUCGCCUUGCAUCAUGCGCUCUACGCGCUUUGGAAGUUGACGCCGAACUAUCCCCUUUCGUACGACGGACUCUCACCCUUGGGGCUCCGGCGGUCGAAGCACCAUCCCAGCCGAAGGAAAAGAAACAAAAGCAGGACCCCGAUGAGGCUAAAACCGUGUUGAAGAUAACAUACAUCGCGACAACCAACCGGAUGCUGCGCGUUUCUGUCAACGGAUUUAUGGAGAAUCUAGGUGUGGUGCUUGGCGUCAUGGCAGAAUUGGAUAUUGACGUACUCAAGGCUGAGAUGGAGGGCUGA